CUUUCGUUUCCUUGCUAUCUCGACCCUGGUCUCGCACCUGCAGCUGCCGCAUUCUUCCUAGAAUCAGCGGUCCCAUCUCCUGUUUUCCUGAUGUUGCCCUGACCUUACUCGUAUCUCCACCGAGGACCACGGACUUCAUUUCCGCCACUACCUCAAUACUUCCGGGACCUACGGAAGCGGCCCGUUGCCAUGGCGACCGUGUACACAACCUGGCAGCUGCGCGCGCGGGUUUUCCUUCGCAGCAGUUGCAGUGGUGGUGCUGCGGCGCGGCUGCUGCCUCCGGAGCGUAGUGACCGAAGAUGGACCCACAUGUGGAGAUGCAGCACCCCUCUGACUUCCAACCAUGACCAUUACCACCAACCACCAUUUCUUGGGCACCUGCUCUGUGCUGGGUACUGCUGUGGACCUUGAGGGGGAUUCAAAUAAAAGGCACAGUCCUUUCCCCCAGCAGCUUGUCAUGUCACUGGGGAGCUGAAACCCGCUCAGAUGAUGUGGCGUAAGAACAGUAACAAGCAUCUCACGAGAAUGAGCACUAGGAAAAAAGUGCACGCGUUUGUCCGUGUCAGACCCACCGAUGACUUUGCUCAUGAAAUGAUCAGAUACGGCGACGACAACAAAACCAUCGAUAUUCACUUAAAAAAAGAUGCUCGGAGAGGAGUUGUCAAUAACCAGCAGACAGACUGGUCCUUCAAGCUGGACGGAGUUCUCCACGACGCCUCCCAGGACCUGGUCUACGAGACCGUGGCCAAGGACGUGGUUUCGCAGGCCCUCGACGGCUACAACGGCACCAUCAUGUGUUAUGGGCAGACAGGCGCUGGCAAGACUUACACCAUGACGGGGACCACGGAGAACUACAAGCACCGAGGGAUCCUGCCCCGGGCCCUGCAGCAGGUUUUCAGGAUGAUCGAGGAGCGCCCCACGCACGCCAUCACGGUGCGCGUCUCCUACCUGGAGAUCUACAACGAGAGCCUGUUCGACCUUCUGUCCACGCUGCCCUACGUGGGGCCCUCGGCCACGCCCGUGGCCGUCGUGGAAAACCCGCACGGGGUCUUCAUCAAGGGCCUGUCGGUCCACCUUGCGAGUCAGGAGGAGGACACCUUCAGCCUCCUCUUCGAGGGAGAAACCAACCGGAUCAUCGGCUCCCACACGAUGAACAAGAACUCGUCCAGGUCCCACUGCAUCUUCACCAUCUAUGUGGAGGCCCGUUCACGGACCUUAUCGGAUGAAAAGUACAUCACUUCCAAAAUUAACUUGGUGGAUCUAGCAGGCUCGGAACGGCUGGGCAAGUCUGGGUCCGAGGGCCGAGUCCUGAAGGAAGCCACCUACAUCAACAAGUCGCUGUCCUUCCUGGAGCAGGCCAUCAUCGCCCUCGGGGACCAGAAGCGGGACCACAUCCCCUUCCGGCAGUGCAAGCUCACCCACGCCCUCAAGGACUCGCUAGGGGGAAACUGCAACAUGGUCCUGGUGACGAACAUCUACGGAGAAGCCGCCCAGCUGGACGAGACGCUGUCCUCACUGCGGUUCGCGAGCAGGAUGAAGCUGGUCACCACCGAGCCUGCCAUCAACGAGAAGUACGACGCGGAGCGGAUGGUCAAGAACCUGGAGAAGGAGCUGGUGCUGCUCAAGCAGGAGCUGGCCAUCCACGACAGCCUGGCCAACCGCUCCCAUGUGAACUACGACCCCAUGGAUGAGGUCCAGAUCGCGGAGAUCAACUCCCAGGUGCGGCGGUACCUGGACGGGGCGCUGGACGAGAUCGAUAUAAUCAACCUCAGACAGAUCCAGGAGGUGUUCAACCAGUUCCGGGUGGUUCUGAUCCAACAGGAGCAGGAGGUGGAAGCCGCUUUGCGCCGCAAGUACACCCUCAUAGACAAGAACGACUUUGCGGCCAUUUCUGCUGUCCAGAAGGCAGGGCUGAUGGAUGCUGACGGCCACCUGGUGGGUGAGUCUGACGGACAAGGCUUUGGACUUGGGGUUGCCUCUUACUCUAGCAAACCUGGGAAGAAAACCAAGUCCAGGAGGACAUUGAAAGAGCAGCUCAGCUCCCCGGCAAAAAAGGAUGGUGGCAGCAGCCCUGUGAGCGGCAAGGAUAUGGAUGUUUCCACAUCCAAGACCCAGCUGACCCCACUCUCCAAGGAGGGGGACGUCAAGGACAUGAUUCUGCGGGACCGGGAGACCUCCAACAUCGAGACCCUCCCCUUGGACUCCCCCAAGGAGGAGCCACGCCCACCCAGGCCCAGCACCCCACCCUCCAAGCCUGUGGCCUUUGAGGACUUUAAGAACGAGCGAGGUAGUGAGAUCAACCGCAUCUUCAAAGAGAACAAGUCCAUCUUGAACGAGCGGAGGAAAAGGGCCAGUGAGACCACGCAGCGCAUCAACGCCAUCAAGAGGGAGAUCGACGUCACCAAGGAGGGGCUGAGUGCCCAGAAGUCCCUGCGGGAGAAGCAAGGUGAGUAUGAGAAGAAGGGGCUGAUAAUCAUCGAUGAGGAGGAGUUCCUGCUGAUCCUGAAGCUCAAAGACCUCAAGAAGCAGUACCGUGCGGAGUACCAGGACCUUCGUGACCUGAGGGCCGAGAUCCAGUACUGCCAGCACCUGGUGGACCAGUGUCGCCACCGCCUGCUCACAGAAUUUGAAAUCUGGUACAAUGAGUCCUUCUUCAUCCCCGAGGACAUGCAGGCGGCCCUGAAGCCAGGCAGCAGCAUCCGGCCAGGCAUGGUGCCUGUCAGCAGGAUUGUGUCUCUGGGAGAAGACGACCAGGACAAGUUCAGCCAGCUGCAGCAGGACAUGCUGCCCGAGGGCCCGGAGUCCAUCUCCUUCUACAACGCCAAGGUCAAGAGAGAACAGAAGCACAGCUACUUGAAAUCCAUGCUGGGCCUCCCGAAGGCACAGAGGAAGUAGGGGCUCCUCGCAGCGCCCCCUGCCUGCUCCAGGGGAGCUGCCCACCACCCGCCCGGUCCGGCCAGUCGGCUCCAGGCUGGCCCAGCCCAGAGGACACGCAGCGGCCGGCCUGCCAGGAGGGACAUCCCCCAGAGGGGGCUCAUCUUCACAGGACGCCUCUGGUUUCGAUUCACUGUCUCAUAUGCAGGGACCAGAUAAAACGGCUGAUCGUCUGGAGCGUGUGCUUAUUUCCGUCGGGAGGCUGUCCUGCCUGUACAGGUGGAGCGAGUAGCAGAGCUGGGCUCCGUGGCAGCCUCUCCUUUCCUGCAGGGACACCCGGGGUCGCGGUGGCCGGAGGCGCUGCUCUCAGCCUCUGAGCAGGGCACCCUCUCUGCAGCCGAGCCAUGAGGCAGAGGCCCUCCCCCUCCGCAGCCAGAGAGGACGGGCAGGUAGAAAUGGCUGCAAGGAACGUUCCAUCUCAAAAUAACAAGAGCCUGAGUGAGAGCAGCCCUGCCAUGAAGUCAGCAGCAGAGCCCUGCAGGGAGGCUGAGCUGGAGGCAGCUGUCCCACCCAGGACCAGGAUUCUGUUGGAGCCAUCGAGGAAGGCUCCACCCUGGAAGAGGAGAGCGUGAGUUCCCACCGGCCUGGAGAAAUAGCCAGGAAACUCCCCAGGGACGAGGCGCACAGAUCCUGUGAGGAUUUGUAACCACGCACAGGUUUGGGAUUCAAAUUUACACUGUGCGGUCCAGGAACCACCAGGCCGAGGAAUUAGUAUAAAAGUUAGCCCAAGGCUGAAACAGCUAACAGAACCAGAAAAACUGCCGUACGUGCCUUUUCCCAGCAAUACAGCAUCCCCACAAGCCCUAGUACACAUGAGCUCCCAAGAGUAAAGGCGCGCACACACGCAGGCACACAUAUGUGCAUAUGCACACACGUGUACAGAAACAACCUCGCACGGAGGCAUAAUGUCAGCAGGAUCAGACUUAGAGGAACUUCCGAUAACAAGUUACUGGUGCCCCGGCCAGUGUGGCUCAGUUGGUUGAACGUUGUCCCAUGCAUCAAGGGAUCACCGGUUUGAUUUCCAGUCGUGGCACAUGCCUGGCUGUGGGCUUCAUCCCCAGUGGGGGCACGUGGGAGGCAGCUGACCCAUGUUUCUCUCUCCCUCUCCCAUGAUCAAGGUAGGACAGAGAGCUCUGGGCGGCACUCCUUGUCCCGUCUUUACUCUGAAGGGCUGACUGCUCUGUUGCUGUGUCCUCUGCCCCUGCCUGGAGGUUCCGAUCCACUUGCCCGUCGCCCGCGGAGCCCAGAAACUCUCAUCUGAACUCGACCGUCUGAGGCCACAGGACACGGGGGAGCACAGGUGCAGGCGAGACUUCCUUUACAUCAGGACCGUGUCACACUGCGUGGGACCUGGACGAGCGGUGCAAUUCCCUGCCUUCCUUUCCCCUGGGGAAGCAAUGUCACUCCUGGGCGCUGUGGAAUGGAGUGAUGUAUGCCAGGGUACACCGGAGACCGCGCGACAGUGACAGUAACUGAUAAAGGUGUCAGUGUGCCCAACAUUAUAUGACAGGUGGUGAGCUGACAGACAUAGACACACACCCAACCAAGGUGGAUUCUGGAUGUGAAAAGGCAGCAUGCAGACUGGCAUUAUCUUUCUCCAACCCAUCCUGACUGAUGGCUUCUUAAGACCAAUCAGAUUUGACAGAAGUAGCUACUAAAAGGAUACCCAGUGCCACCGGGCAGCGUCACUGGAGGUCAAGGGUCUUGGUUAAGAAAGUACUUGCCCUUCAUGUGGGGGCUGGAGGCAGUGUUCUUAGUGGACAAACGGCCAGGGGAGUGGGACUGGCAUCACAGGAGGCUCUGAAAACUCUGUCAGGUAAGGGAUAAUCGGAAAGUAGGGACAUUCUGAGAAGAUCCAAACAGGGCACAUUUUCUGUCCUUUUGGGAGGAAAAACGACAGGAGUUGUCUGCCCUGGAAUGGAUGGCCUUGCUGCAGACUGGGCUCCCGACCCCUGGCGGAGGAGAGCAUUGCCUGGGCGGCCCCGGCCCGGCCCCGGCCCCGGCGAGAGAACCCGGGAGGAAGGUCACGGGGCCUCUGGCUCCUCCCAAAUCUAAAUCCCUGGCUCCAUAACCACUUGUGGAGAAGCUGUCUAACAUAUCAGUUGAAAAUUACAUCCCAUACACAGAUUUUCACACACCGUUUUCUCUAUCAAAUAUGAAAUUGCCUUUAUUAAUAAAAAUAUCACUUAGUUUAGAAAGAAUAUUUUUAUUAAGAAAAACAACCUAUCUAUGAGCAAAUGACAUUUCUACCAGCUUAGAUUUCCAACAACAGGGAGUAGCACCCAUUUGCAGCAAUAUAUCCCCAAAGGCCACCAGGAAAAAGGGGGGUCUCGCAUGAGGGAAGGGCUCCCCUCAAGAACCAGCCGCGAUUUGUGAUUCAGUAACUACUAUAACGGCUUGGCGGAAACGGAUCUUGAACCCUGUUACAAGUCCAUGGGUGGAGAAUCUGCUCUGUCCAGAAAAAAGCUGGCAAAGGCAUUUGGAAGGUGAAGUUGAGUGUGUGGAGUAGACGACAUUGUUCUUAGGUUUGGGGAUGAUGGCCAGGCUGGAAGGAACCUCUGCUGUAGGGCUGUGCCCUGCCUCUGCCUGUGGAAGGGGAGGGGCGGAAGGAGGGGCCCUGAGGCUCCCAGCUGCUGAGCGCGGAGCGAACACGACUGUGUAUGUGGCCGGCGACGUGAACGAGGAACACAGGAGGGAGGGCUCCAUACAAGGCCACGCGCCACCACGCAGUCUGUGGCCUGGGUGCCCUCACUGCCCUGAGGCUCAGUCUCUCGUCUGUGCAAUGGGGCAGCAGCUGCUGUGACCUCGCCCAUGUGAACUGCUGAAGAUCACGUCUGCGAAAACGGCAGUUCCCAAGGCCGCCUGCAAACACCCGAGACCAUCCCAGUUCCCUCCGGAAGUCAUGAGGCAAGCAUCUCCUCUUUGGUUAGAGCCACAGAAACGAGAGUUCUGACAGCGCGUCAAGCAUUAGAAAGUUCCAGUGCUUCUAUUUCUUACAUCUUUUCGUCUAAAUUAGUUACCGUCGGUUUAAUAUUUGCAAAGAUGCACCAUCGGCUCCCGUUACCGCGUGUGGCUCCAUCCAGUGCGACUGAACAGCUCCAGGAGCAGAAGAUGGAAAAGCCCCUUGGUGGCCAGCAGCCCGGGAUCCGGGGCCUGUGAUUCUAGGUCAGUUCUCCCUGCACCUCCUCCCACACACAGUAGGCCAAGAACUCAAGGGCAAAGGGGACAGAUUAUUACCCUGAACCUUAUAGGAUCAGGCUCUGAAUAAAUUGAAAAAAGAAACAGAAAAAUCGGGUGUUAUGUACAAGCAAAAAAGUCCAAUAAAGAAAAAGGGGGGGGGCGUGUUUGAGUUCUGACACAGCUGCUCCCAUCCUGGCGGGACAUUGGUCACCUGGGUGCUUCUAUGCGAUUCCGGUGCCGAGGCCACAUCCUGGACCAGUUACAUCAGAGCCUCGAUCCCUGAAGCCCCAAGUGAGUCUAGUGAGCAGAGUGAGUUGUGGUAGAAAAAAAACCUGGACAUUUGUUUUUCGUCUUUGGUAUGUUUUUGUUUACCUGAUUAAUAUGGUGAUAAAUUGCUGAUUAACCUUAAUUAGCAACGAUUUAAUACCACAUACUAUCCUGGCAAUAAGCAAAGAAGCUUCUCUACUGAUUAACUUUCCAUUCACAAAUUUCCAUGGUUUUUAAUACCCUUUAUAAUAAAGAGGGAAUAUGCUAAUUACCCUCAUGCCAUCACAAAGAUGGUGGCGCCCACAGCCAAUAAGAGGGAAUAUGCUAAUUGA